GUCCUAUGGGAAGACUAUUAUGGAGAUGGUACUCUCUCUGUAAUAAAUAUUAGUAGAUUAAAUUUUUUAUUAUUAAUAUUAACUUACACUGCCCUACUCCAGCCUAAAUAUCAUAUUACUGUCCCACCCGAAUUUAUGAAAUAUGAUAUAAAAUGCCAUGUUAUAGACAGCUUGAUAGCUACGGAUACUGGAAGAUUGCUUAAUAUAAUUUAUCUUCGCGAAGAUAUUAUUACCCCGUUGACUGCAGAGACGGCGCUGGCGUUGCAGGAGUUAAAGAAUUACUUACUGGGACAGAAAGUGCAGGCAGAAAUACUGCAGCUCAUAUUAGAUUAUUUGCCCAGGGGUUCUGUAAUUUUAAUGGAUAAUUAUAGAUGGCUUCAUGCUCGGAGUCAUAUCAGGGAUCCGGAGCAUCAUUUACGGAGGGUUUGUUGGGAUACGAGACCUUUUCCUACCUUAUUAAAUGAUAGCAGCAUAGUUCAGUAG